UUUAUGGAGAAUUUAGAAUUGUCCUAUCAGGAUUUGCUGAUCCCUCAGCCAGACAAGCGACAGCACGCUCCGUUCCUAUGCGGAGUUUCCCCCAACUUAGGACUUCAGGUGAAAAUGGAGCCUUCGAGUCCUCCAUUACAGAUGGACACAGCUGGGUAUUUCAGCCCUGGAGGAAUGUCUGACACCAGCAGUAGUUAUGGCCUCUCAGUUGGGGGUCAAUCUCAAGGUUUGGAUUCUCCAACUGCCCUGAUGGGGUUCUCGGACUCUGGUGAAAAGCUCUUUGCAGACAGUCCCCCAUCUUUAGGAGAUGAUGCUGCCAUGCAGUGUGUUUUGAGGUCUGUCCCCAAACGGCUAUGCCUGGUCUGUGGAGACACAGCGUCCGGCUACCACUAUGGGGUGGCAUCUUGUGAAGCCUGCAAGGCCUUCUUCAAAAGAACCAUACAAGGUAAUAUCGAGUACAGCUGCCCUGUGGUGAAUGACUGUGAAAUCACCAAGAGACGGAGGAAGUCCUGCCAGGCAUGUCGAUUCCGCAAGUGCUUGAAAGUUGGCAUGAUGAAGGAAGGGGUACGUCUGGAUCGGGUGCGAGGGGGGAGACAGAAGUACAGACGUCCGGUGGAAAUCGAGGCGCCUGACCCCUGCUCUUAUCUCACCUCUCAUCACCCAUUCACAGGGAAGAAGACAGCGAACAAAGUGGUGUCACACCUGGUCCUGGUGGAGCCUGAAGAAGUCUUCGCCACUCCUGACGCCAGUUUGCCAGACAGCAACCUCAGCACUUUGACCACAAUGUGUGAACUCAUCAACCGUGAACUUCUGAUGACUAUUGGCUGGGCCAAACAUGUUCCAGGUUUCUCCAUGCUCUCGCUUGUCGAUCAGAUGGCCCUGUUACAGAGUGCAUGGAUGGAGAUCCUGGUUUUGGGCAUUGUGUACCGGUCUCUGCCGUUGAACGAGGAGCUUGCGAUGGCAGAGAACUUUGUGUUGUGCCGGGAGCAAUGUCGAUGCUCUGGGCUGCUCCACCUUCACACCGUGCUGCUUCAGCUGGUCAGGAAAUACCGCAAGACGAAGUUAGACAAGGAGGAAUUUGUCACGUUGAAAGCAAUGGCUCUGGCAAACUCAGAUUCCACCAACAUCGAGAAUUUGGAAGAUGUUCUAAACUUACAGGACCGUCUGCAUGAGGCGUUGCAAGACUACGAGAGCGAGCACCAUUCGGAGGACCCUCACCGCUCCGGCAAACUUCUCAUGACCCUUCCUCUUCUUCGCCAGACCGCCAACGAGGCGGUGCGCACUUUCUGCCAGAUCCGUUUGGAGGGGAGGAUCCCAAUGCACAAACUCUUGCUGGAAAUGCUGGAAGCCAAGAUUUGACUACAUUCCUUAUACCAUCAUUUAUUUACUAGCUAAACCGAAAUGGAAACAAAACAAGCAGAAACAGACAAGAUCCCACUGGGAGCAGUCUGAGCACAGGAUAGCGUGCGCUCAACACAGAUAACAGAACACUUGGAUAUGGUAACUUAUAAAGGCCGGAGCAAUCUCAGUGGUCAAGAUCAAGGUCGGAGUUAUUUUGAAGAGAUAUGCUGGAGUAUGGCUGGACACAGACUUGGCUUGUAAAUAGACUUUUUACGCCAAGAAGGAUUCGUGGUUUUUAGGUUUAAAAAAAAGCCUCCAGCUGGUGCUAAAAUACUUCCCAUACAUUGUGCUACCGCCUUUCCGCUUUACAUUAUCAUUUUAUGGGCGUACGUCAGUGUGAGCAGCAGUAACGUUGCCCCUAACUCCGUCCUAUAGGCUGACGUUGUCCGCAGGGCUGUAAAUGGUAAAAUGUCAGACAAUAAAUAGACAGCAGUCUUCAUGUUCGCCUCUACUGCAGCCCUGAACUAUGCAUUUUUUUAAAAAGUGUCUCCAAUUAAUAUGGGAUGUGAUAUUACCUCCAGCUGUCCGUCAUUAGGCAGUCCAAGGACGAGGGCAGUGGGAGUCGGACUCCAAUAGUAGAAGGUUCAAGGCUGCCCUAACCCGCUACAUUGUUAAAUGUAAAGGAACCAAUUUGAGAACCAUCUCUCCCCCUCAAAAACAUGUGAACUUAGACUGCACUUGUCUAACUCGCUAUUUGCAGUUGUGUUUCAUUGUUUAUUGUCUCAUAGAAUCCUUAGCAAGUGGGAUAGUACAGUUUAAUGGAUGAUGGGAGUUUUAUUCUUCCGGG